AUGAAAGCACAAGCAGAAGAAGCGCAAGCAGAGGAAGCACAAGAAGAGGAAGCGCACUCAGAGGAAGCACAAUCAGAGGAAGCGCAAGCAGAGGAAGCGCAAGCAGAGGAAGCACAAGCAGAGGAAGCACAAGCAGAGGAAGCGCAAGCAGAGGAAGCACAAGCAGAGGAAGCGCAAGCAGAGGAAGCGCAAGCAGAGGAAGCACAAGCAGAGGAUGCGCAAGUAGAGGAAGCACAAGCAGAGGAGCUUAAGCAGAGGAAGCGCAAGCAGAGGAAGCGCAAGCAGAGGAAGUGCAAUCUGGGAAGCCUAAGCAGAAGAAGCGCAAGCACAGGAAGCACAAGCAGAGGAAGCACAAGCAGAGAAGCGCAAGCAGAGGAAGGGCAAGCAGAGGAAACGCAAGCAGAGGAAGCACAAGGAGAGGAAGCGCAAGUAGAGGAAGCACAAGCAGAAGAAGCACAAGAAGAGGAAGCACAAGAAGAGGAAGCGCACUCAGAGGAAGCACAAUCAGAGGAAGCGCAAGCAGAGGAAGCGCAAGCAGAGGAAGCACAAGCAGAGGAAGCACAAGCAGAGGAAGCGCAAGCAGAGGAAGCACAGGCAGAGGAAGCGCAAGCAGAGGAAGCGAAUGCAGAGGAAGCACAAGCAGAAGAUGCGCAAGUAGAGGAAGCACAAGGAGAGGAAGCACAACUUUCUCUGCUUGUGCUCCUCUGCUUGUGCCUCCUCUGCUUGUGCUUCCUUUGCUUGCGCUUCCUCUGCUUGCGCUUCCUCUGCUUGUGCUUCCUCUUCUUGUGCUUCCUCUGCUUGAGCUUCCUCUGCUUGUGCUUCUUCUGCUUGCGCUUCCUCUACUUGUGCUUCCUCUGCUUGUGCUUUCUUUGCUUGAGCUUCCUCUGCUUUUGCUUCCUCUGCUUGCGCUUCCUCUGCUUGCGCUCCUCUGCUUGUGCUUCGUCUGCUUUCGCUUCCUCUGCUUGCGCUUCCUCUGCUUGCGCUUCCUCUGCUUACGCUUCCUGUGCUUGCGCUUCCUCUGCUUGCGCUUUCUCUGCUUACACUUCCUCUGCUUGCGCUCCUCUGCUUGUGCUUCCUCUGCCUGUGCUUCCUCUGCUUGCGCUUCCUUUGCUUGUGAUUCCUCUGCUUGCGCUUCCUUUGCUUGCACUUCCUCUGCUUGCGCUCCUCUGCUUGUGCUUCCUCUGCUUGCGCUUCCUCUGCUUGCGCUUCCUUUGCUUGCGCUCCUCUGCUUGUGCUUCCUCUGCUUGUGCUUCGUCUGCUUGCGCUUCCUCUGCUUGUGCUUCCUCUUCCUGCGCUUCCUUUGCUUCUUACUCUGCUUGUGCUUCCUUUGCUUGUGAUUCCUCUGCUUGUGCUUCCUCUGCUUGCGCUUCCUCUGCUUGCGCUUCCUUUGCUUGCGCUCCUCUGCUUGUGCUUCCUCUGCUUGUGCUUCGUCUGCUUGCGCUUCCUCUGCUUGUGCUUCCUCUUCUUGCGCUUCCUUUGCUUGUGCUUCCUCGGCUUGCGCUUCCUCUGCUUGUGCUUCCUCUUCUUGUGCUUCCUCUGCUUGAGCUUACUCUGCUUGUGCUUCCUUUGCUUGUGCUUCCUCUGCUUGUGCUUCCUUUGCUUGAGCUUCCUGUGCUUUUGCUUCCUCUGCUUGCGCUUCCUUUGCUUGCGCUCCUCUGCUUGUGCUUCGUCUGCUUGCGCUUCCUCUGCUUGCACUUCCUCUGCUUGCGCUUCCUCUGCUUACGCUUCCUAUGCUUGCGCUUCCUCUGCUUGCGCUUUCUCUGCUUACACUUCCUUUGCUUGCGCUCCUUUGCUUGUGCUUCCUCUGCUUGUGCUUCCUCUGCUUGCGCUUCCUUUGCUUGUGAUUCCUCUGCUUGCGCUUCCUCUGCUUAUGCUUCCUUUGCUUGCACUUCAACUGCUUGCGCUCCUCUACUUGUGCUUCCUCUGCUUGUGCUUCCUCUCCUUGCGCUUCCUCUGCUUGCGCUUCCUCUGCUUGCGCUCCUCUGCUUGUGCUUCCUCUGCUUGUGCUUCGUCUGCUUGCGCUAUUUCUGCUUGUGCUUCCUCUUAUUGCGCUUCCUUUGCUUCUGCUUCCUCUGCUUGCGCUUCCUCUGCUUGUGCUUCCUCUUCUUGUGCUUCCUCUGCUUGAGCUUCCUUUGCUUGUGCUUCCUUUGCUUGUUCCUCCUCUGCUUGCGCUUCCUCUGCUUUUGCUUCGUCUGCUUGUGCUUCCUUUGCUUGAGCUUCCUCUACUUUUGCUUCCUCCGCUUGCGCUUCCUCUGCUUGCGCUCCUCUGCUUGUGCUUCCUCUGCUUGUGCUUCCUCUGCUUGCGCUUCCUCUUCUUGCGCUUCCUCUGCUUACGCUUCCUCUACUUGCGCUUCCUCUGCUUGCGCUUCCUCUGCUUGCUCUUCCUCUUCUUGUGCUUCCUCUUCUUGUGCUUCCUUUGCUUGUGCUUCCUCUGCUUGCGCUUCCUCUGCUUGUGCUUCCUCUGCUUGCGCUUGCUCUGCUUGUGCUUUCUCUGCUUGUGCUUCCUCUACUUGUGCUUCCUCUGCUUGCGCUUCCUCUCCUUGCGCUUCCUGUGCUUGCACUUCCUCUGCUUGCGCUCCUCUGCUUGUGCUUCCUCUGCUUGCGCUUCCUUUGCUUGUGCUUUCUCUGCUUGUGCUUCCUCUACUUGUGCUUCCUCUGCUUGCGCUUCCUCUCCUUGCGCUUCCUGUGCUUGCACUUCCUCUGCUUGCGCUCCUCUGCUUGUGCCUCCUCUGCUUGCGCUUAGUCUGCUUGUGCUUCCUUUGCUUGAGCUUCCUCUGCUUUUGCUUCCUCUGCUUGCGCUUCCUCUGCUUGCGCUCCUCUGCUUGUGCUUCCUCUGCUUGUGCUUCCUCUGCUUGCGCUUCCUCUGCUUGCGCUUCCUCUCCUUACGCUUCCUCCACUUGCGCUUCCUCUGCUUGCGCUUCCUCUGCUUACACUUCCUCUGCUUGCGCUCCUCUGCUUGUGCUUCCUCUACUUGUGCUUCCUCUGCUUGCGCAUCCUUUGCUUGUGAUUCCUCUGCUUGCACUUCCUCUGCUUGUACUUCCUCUGCUUGCACUUCCUCUACUUGCGCUCCUCUGCUUGUGCUUCCUCUGCUUGUGCUUCCUCUCCUUGCGCUUCCUCUGCUUGCGCUUCCUCUGCUUGCACUCCUCUGCUUGUGCUUCCUCUGCUUGUGCUUCGUCUGCUUGCUCUUCCUCUUCUUGUGCUUCCUCUUCUUGUGCUUCCUUUGCUUGUGCUUCCUCUGCUUGCGCUUCCUCUUCUUGUGCUUCCUCUGCUUGCGCUUCCUCUGCUUGUGCUUUCUCUGCUUGUGCUUCCUCUACUUGUGCUUCCUCUGCUUGCACUUCCUCUCCUUGCGCUUCCCGUGCUUGCACUUCCUCUGCUUGCGCUCCUCUGCUUGUGCUUCCUCUUCUUGUGCUUCCUCUGCUUGAGCUUCCUCUGCUUGUGCUUCCUCUGCUUGUUCUUCCUCUGCCUGUGCUUCCUUUGCUUGAGCUUCCUGUGCUUUUGCUUCCUCUGCUUGCGCUUCCUCUGCUUGAGCUCCUCUGCUUGUGCUUCGUCUGCUUGUGCUUCCUCUUCUUGCACUUCCUCUGCUUGCGCUUCCUCUACUUACGCUUCCUGUGCUUGCGCUUCCUCUGCUUCCGCUUUCUCUGCUUACACUUCCUCUGCUUGCGCUUCCUCUGCUUGCGCUUCCUCUGCUUACGCUUCCUCUACUUGCGCUUCCUCUGCUUGCGCUUCCUCUGCUUACACUUCCUCUGCUUGCGCUCCAGUGCUUGUGCUUCCUCUGCUUGUGCUUCCUCUGCUUGGGCUUCCUUUGCUUGUGAUUCCUCUGCUUGCGCUUCCUCUUCUUGUGCUUCCUCUGCUUGCACUUCCUCUGCUUGCGCUCCUCUGCUUGUGCUUCCUCUGCUUGUGCUUCCUCUCGUUGCGCUUCCUCUGCUUGUGCUUCCUCUGCUUGCACUCCUCUGCCUGUGCUUCCUCUGCUUGUGCUUCGUCUGCUUGCUCUUCCUCUUCUUGUGCUUCCUCUUCUUGUGCUUCCUUUGCUUGUACUUCCUCUGCUUGCGCUUCCUCUGCUUGUGCUUCCUCUGCUUGCGCUUGCUCUGCUUGUGCUUUCUCUGCUUGUGCUUCCUCUACUUGUGCUUCCUCUGCUUGCGCUUCCUCUCCUUGGGCUUCCUGUGCUUGCACUUCCUCUGCUUGCGCUCCUCUGCUUGUGCUUCCUCUGCUUGCGCUUCCUCUACUUGUGCUUUCUCUGCUUGUGCUUCCUCUACUUGUGCUUCCUCUGCUUGCGCUUCCUCUCCUUGCGCUUUCUGUGCUUGCACUUCCUCUUCUUGCGCUCCUCUGCUUGUGCCUCCUCUGCUUGCGCUUAGUUUGCUUGUGCUUCCUUUGCUUGAGCUUCCUCUGCUUUUGCUUCCUCUGCUUGCGCUUCCUCUGCUUGCGCUCCUCUGCUUGUGUUUCCUCUGCUUGUGCUUCCUCUGCUUGCGCUUCCUCUGCUUACGCUUCCUCUACUUGCGCUUCCUCUGCUUGCGCUUCCUCUGCUUACACUUCCUCUGCUUGCGCUCCUCUGCUUGUGCUUCCUCUGCUUGUGCUUCCUCUGCUUGCGCUUCCUUUGCUUGUGAUUCCUCUGCUUGCACUUCCUCUGCUUGUACUUCCUCUGCUUGCACUUCCUCUGCUUGCGCUCCUCUGCUUGUGCUUCCUCUGCUUGUGCUUCCUCUCCUUGCGCUUCCUCUGCUUGCGCUUCCUCUGCUUGCACUCCUCUGCUUGUGCUUCCUCUGCUUGUGCUUCGUCUGCUUGCUCUUCCUCUUCUUGUGCUUCCUCUUCUUGUGCUUCCUUUGCUUGUGCUUCCUCUGCUUGCGCUUCCUCUUCUUGUGCUUCCUCUGCUUGCGCUUCCUCUGCUUGUGCUUUCUCUGCUUGUGCUUCCUCUACUUGUGCUUCCUCUGCUUGCGCUUCCUCUCCUUGCGCUUCCCGUGCUUGCAAUUCCUCUGCUUGCGUUCCUCUGCUUGUGCUUCCUCUUCUUGUGCUUCCUCUGCUUGA